GGGGGUCGGGGCAGCGCCGCGCAGCCGGGCGGCGGAGGCGGUGGGGCUGAGCCUGCAGCCCGCGCCCUGCCCCUGCUUGCGGCCGGGCCCCGCGGGCACCCCGGCAGCCCGGUCCCUCUGCACGCCUACAGAGCUGUUUCCCCUGCUAUGAUGCCAGGGCAGAUCCCCGACCCGUCCCUGACGGCCGGUGCGCUGCCUGGGCUCGGCCCCUUGACAGGACUGCCUGGCACAGCCCUGACCGUUGAGGAGCUGAAGUGCGCCGACAUCCGCAACAUCGGGGCAAUGAUCUCACCGCUCCACUUCCUGGAGGUGAAGCUUGGAAAGAGACCCCAGCCCGUGAAGAGUGAGCUGGAUGAGGAAGAGGAGAGGAGGAAAAGGCGCCGGGAGAAAAACAAAGUAGCAGCAGCACGAUGUCGUAACAAGAAGAAGGAGAGGACGGAGUUCCUGCAGCGGGAGUCUGAGCGUCUGGAGCUCAUGAAUGCUGAGCUGAAGGCACAGAUAGAAGAGCUGAAGCAGGAGAGGCAGCAGCUGAUCCUGAUGCUGAACCGGCACCGUCCCACCUGCAUCGUGCGGACAGACAGCAUCAAGACGCCCGAGAGUGAAGCCAACCCGCUGCUGGAGCAGCUAGAGAAGAAGUGAAGGUGGCACUGGGCCAGGAGGAGGAGACAGUGGUGCAGGGUCUUCCAGGGUCUCUAAUAUAUGUACUGUAUGAAGAACUGUGCACCCAGGCCUGGUGCAGCCAGCACCCAGUGGGCUUCCUUGGGAACUAUGAACCAAACAAAUAUGGGGACAGAGAUCAGGAACCUUCAACCAUGUACUCUUAAGGCUGAACCCAGGAGCAGGGCUAGUGGCGCCGGUGAGGGCAACCUCCCUGUGAUACCUCAUCAUGGCCCUUCAGCCUGCUCACGGCCCUCGGGACCCACAAUGCCGCAGCACGUCCUGCAACAACCACAUGCCCUGUGGGGAGAGGGCUGUGCAGUGCCCACCAGCUCCCUGCCCAGCGGCUGCUGCUCCUGGCACAUGCUCCGGAGGGAAUCCCACAGCCAAGAACCAAACACUUGAUGCAGCCCCGUGUGGUGGGCAGGCCUGUCGGGGCUCGGUGGCGCAGGCGCCCCCCGCAAGCACACUCAGUAUAAUGUUUACAGCCCAGCUGUCCGUGUCGGCCGUGCUUUUGAAUGCACAUUUUUACACUUUUUUAAAGUAUUUUUUACAAAGUUUUUAUACAGCAAUCUCUAUAUGGAUUUAUAUAAUCACUAGAUGUGAUCCCAUAGAAAUGUAUGUUAUGAUGGUCUGUUUGUUACAAAUGCAUAUGCCACAGUUAUCUCCAUUGUGUUACUUGUCUGGUAGCAUCUGGCUUCUUUCCCAGCAUGCUGGGAAGGGGCUCCAAGCUGCCCUCUGCAGUGGUGUUGCUACCCUCUCCAUCCAUGUAUGUCCUUCAUAAUACUCAGUUCUGUAUCUCCCAGUAAAUGUUACUUUUAUGUA